UGGCUGCGGGCGGGUGUUGAAGCGGACGGAGCUACACGUCCGUCGGACCCGGAGUUAGGACCUGCUUUCGGGGCAUGAGCUGAGGAUACAACGCCGAGGCCACCAGUAUUUCAUAGAGAUUGAUGGAAGCAGAAACCAAAACUCUUCCCUUGGAGAACGCAUCCAUCCUUUCAGAGGGCUCUCUACAGGAAGGGCACAGAUUAUGGAUUGGCAACCUGGACCCCAAAAUCACAGAAUACCACCUCCUCAAACUCCUCCAGAAGUUUGGUAAGGUGAAGCAGUUCGACUUCCUCUUCCACAAGUCAGGUGCUUUGGAGGGACAGCCUCGAGGGUACUGUUUUGUUAACUUUGAAACUAAACAGGAAGCAGAACAAGCCAUCCAGUGUCUCAAUGGCAAGCUGGCACUGUCUAAGAAGCUGGUGGUACGAUGGGCACAUGCUCAAGUAAAGAGAUACGAUCAUAACAAAAAUGACAAGAUUCUUCCAAUCAGUCUUGAACCUUCCUCAAGCACUGAGCCUACUCAGUCUAAUCUAAGUGUCACUGCAAAGAUUAAAGCCAUUGAAGCAAAGCUGAAAAUGAUGGCAGAAAAUCCUGAUGCGGAGUAUCCAGCAGCACCUGUUUAUUCCUACUUUAAGCCACCAGAUAAAAAAAGGACUACUCCUUAUUCUAGAACAGCUUGGAAAUCUCGAAGAUGAUGGUUGUGAAUUACUGUGGCAGCAAAAGCAAAUUGGUCUCCACACCUGACUCCUCUGCCUUGGUACUUUGUAGAUGUGGAUGGUACUAUCCAACAGAGCACAAUCACAUGUUAGAGUUUGGUAACAUAACAUUUUGGAUGUUCUUAUGGAUGUGUCUUCCCUGAACUAUGUGUAGAAUUGAGCAUCAUCCAGAAUAAAUAGGAUUGUGUCCAAAAUUUUGAUUUGAACACUGGGAUGCUCUAGUUGGCUGGUUUGUUUGGAUUUGUAACUACAGAAACAUUAUAUAGUAUGCCAGAGAGAAAGUCAAACAUACAAAAUGUUAUUAUUUAAUCAGGAAACUAAAUUUAUUAACCUCUGUCAAAAGAACAUUUUUCUGUGCACAUGUCUUUACAACAUAAAGAAAAAGUUAAGAGACAGGGAGGAAAGUAAGACAUUUUAAAUCAUGUUUAGAACUGCUGUUCAAGAAUUUAUAACAGAAAUUCCUCCAACUAAACUGAAAAAGAGAGUUCUUGGCAAAAGGGAGUUUGUCCUUUGAGCAAACAUUGUAGUAAUCUGCUUAAGAAUUAUGCUUAUUGUUUCAAAAUCCCAAUUAGGAAAAUGUGGUGUAGAUCUUAAAAUUGUUUGCAUCAAUGGACUAUAGAGUCAAAUUUAGCAUUUUAUACCACAAUGAAAUUUUUGUUUGGAAAUCUAAUUUUUAUUCUAUAGUAAUCAUUUUUUUAAAUCCAAAUAAUCUUGCCUCUUAUAAUACCAAAUGUUGUUAUUAACACAGGACUUUUAAAAUUGCACUUAUUGCAUGAGAUUGUUUUUAAAGCAUGAGAUUGUUCUAUUUGGAAUUGUAUCAUGAUCAAUCUGAAUAGAAAGCAAAAUUUUUUGGAAAAUCUAAACAUUGCUAUGUUGGUCAUUAUCAAAUAUGUUAUUUUCUGAUAAUCAUGUAGAGGUCUGAGUAGAAGAGGUCAAAUGAUCUUGGGCAGAAAGUCAGUGGAGCAGGCACCAUUCUGGCACCAAGAUUUCAAACACCUCAUGUUUUAUGUAGUUUUAAAAAACUGCAUGACUUGAAAGUGAUCCUUCAUUUAUGGAACAUACUUUAUCCUAGAUAUUUUUUCCAUUUUGAACAUUCAAAAUAUAACAACUUAGAUAGAUAUAUAAACUGACAGAUUUGAGAUUUGUUCCUUCACAGUUGUGGUCAUUUUGGUGCCACACUUGACCGACUAUUUCACUGGGCAGCACUGUUGCUUCAUUACUAGGUCAGUCACUUUGUUACUUACUCUAGGUGCCAUUCAUGAUGAUUACAGACUGUUUUCCACCAUCAUUCCUAGCAAGAGGAAGCUUUCAUUAUGGGAAUUUAAGUCUUCCUUGAGUUUAAAUGAAUAAGACAUUGGAAAUCAAAAUUCAGUUCAGUGAAGUUUCAUAAUCCACAGAACUGAUUCAGAGAAAUUCUUAUCACUUUUCCCAAGGUCAGUGUUUUUAGAUAUCUUUAGAUAGCAAAUAAUUUCUGCAUUUAUUAGCUAUGUUAUCUAUGAUGCAAGUAAUUCUCUUUCCAGUUGAGGGUUAUAGUUCAGGGAGGUGGGUAAACUAUCUCCCAUCUUUCUGGUGACUUCUUGGAGUAUAGAAUUCACCACUUAUCCUUACGUCCUCAAAGGGUUAUGGUGGAGUAGAACUUAAUGCAAAUAGCCUUCUAUUUUUAAUAGGAAUUUAGAAAAUACUUAACUUAGAAUUAUAUAGAAUUGUUUUCUUUAGAAACCAGAACUAUUUAUUUGUAUUUAAAGCACUGUUUAUUAUUUGUACCGAUUCUUACCCUUGCGUGUGAAUAAAUGCUAGACAGUUUCUGUGUG